GUCUCACCUGGUACCAUUAUAAAAUGCUGCACUGUCACACUUGGCACCAUUUGGUCCGUUUUAUUUUAUCUGUGGCGAUGGGUGGAUGUUUGUUUCUUUGUGCAGUCUUGUUGCAUUUGUCAGGGUCUUUGCAAGUUGUUUCCAGUGGAAGUGUUCCUUUGAAGUGUGGCCUAGGCUCUAAACUAUGCAAGGACGGCUCAGAGUGUGUCCUCUACAGCCAUGUGUGCGAUGGAGAGCCUGAUUGCAGGGAUGGUUCAGAUGAAGAGGACUGUGCAUCUGCGUGUAAUGGAGAUCAGUUCUUGUGUGCCCAUGGGAAGAAGUGUAUAGACAGGGACCAGGUUUGUGAUGGUGUAGCUCAGUGUCAGGACCGUUCUGAUGAACUGCAAUGUACGACGCAGACGGAGGGCUGUUUUCACCACUGUGACAACAAGAGUCGCUGCUUGCCUGCAACCUUCCUCUGUGACGGAGAGAAGGACUGUCUAGAUGGCACAGAUGAGGCCAGCUGUGAGGACCAGGAAGAUGUGUAUGAAAAGGAAGAAAGGACCAGUACAAACCCUGAGCCUCCUGCAGCUGUUGGCCCAUCUACCACCAUCAAGUGUCCUUUGGGCGCCAAACCCUGCAAGGACGAUGCAGAGUGCGUCCUCUACAACCAUGUCUGUGAUGGAGAAGUAGACUGCAGAGAUGGCUCAGAUGAGGAAGAAUGCUUAUCAGCAUGUGAAACGGACCAGUUCCAGUGUGCCCAUGGAAAGAAGUGCAUUGAGUUGAGCCAGGUGUGUGACGGUUUUCCUCAGUGUCAGGACCGCUCAGAUGAACUGGGAUGUGCAAAGUACGUGGAAGGCUGUGCUCACCAAUGUGAUGACAAGAGCCGCUGCAUUCCUAACAGCUUCCUCUGUGAUGGAGAGAGGGACUGUUGGGAUGGCACCGAUGAGGCAGACUGUGCUGAUGAAGGCUGCAGUGACACGGAGUUUAAGUGCACCAGUGGCCAGUGUGUGUCAGCCAAAAUGCAUUGUGAUGGUCACCCAGACUGCUGGGACCGCUCAGAUGAAGAGAGCUGCACCAAAGCACCGGUCUGCACCACCAAACAUCACUGCUCCCAGAGCAAGGAGUGUCUGGUGCAGGAGUGGAUCUGUGACGGAGAUCAGGACUGCAAAGAUGGCACUGAUGAGAAGGAUUGUCCCAUGGCUCCACUGAACUGUGGUGAGUUCCAGUGGUCGUGUAAAUCCAAGAACAAGUGUAUCCCUACAGCCUGGAGGUGUGAUGGUAUGAAGGACUGUGACGAUGGCAGUGAUGAGACUGAAUGUGGGGUGGUGACAUGCCCCCCCCACCAGUUCCAGUGUGGAAGUCAGGAGUGCCUGGAUCCAGUCCUGGUUUGUAACAGCAUUACCAACUGCGCAGACGGCUCUGACGAGGGAGGCAGCUGCCAGCUAAGCUGUGCAGAAGCAGAAAACAUCCGCUGCUCCCAGAGCUGCUACAGCACACCGCAGGGAACGCAUUGUCGCUGUACAGCAGGGUUCAGGCUCAUGGAAGAUGGGCUGACCUGUGCUGAUAUUGAUGAGUGUGAUGGUCAGAACCCAGGUGUGUGCAGUCAGCUGUGCGUCAACACUCUUGGCUCCUACCGAUGUGACUGUCACCCAGGUUACAUAAUGGAGGCAGGUGGACACCACUGCAAGAUCACCGGUGAACCCUUCCUGUUGUCGUCAGUCCAGACAGACCUCUUCUUGUUUGGACUGCGCAGUGGGAGCCUAGAUGUGUUGUCAUCCUCUGCCAAGAAGGCCAUCCUGUCUCUGGACUAUGACUGGAGGGAGCAGAGGGUCUUCUGGGUCAGUCUGGACACUGAGAGCAUCAGGUGGUCGUCGCUGGACCAGAAGACCACAGGAAUUCUGAUUAAAGGUGUACGGGCUGAUUCUGUAGCUGUGGACUGGCUUGGCAGGAACCUGUACUGGAUUGAUGGGGUGAACAGUCAGAUUGUUGCCAUCAGACUGGCCACAACCACUGUUAAGUCACUGGACCACAGCGUCAUCCUGGACGAAGACCUGGAUCAGCCCCGCUCUCUGGCCCUGCUGCCACAAAAAGGGCUGAUGUUCUGGACAGAGAUUGGUAAUGUAGUGAAGAUUGAACGAGCUGGGAUGGACGGGUCAGAGAGGAAGGCAGUGGUGAACUCCAGUCUGGGCUGGCCUGGCGGUGUGGCUGUGGACACAAUCUCUGACAGAGUCUACUGGACUGAUGAAAGACUCGGGGCAAUUGGAUCUGCGACACUGGAUGGAGAUAAUAUUUGGAUACUCCAGAUGAAAGAGACCAUGAACCCAUUCUCGCUGGCAGUUUUCAAUGACAUGCUCUACUGGUCUGAUGCCAAGAGGCGAGUGGUGCAGGCUGCUCAUAAAAUAUCUGGCAAAAACCAUCAGGUUCUCCUGAAAAGACCCAGACAGCCUUUUGGCGUGAAGAUUAUCCACCCAUUGCUCCAGAUGGGCAAACGGAGCCCAUGUGAGAAGAUGGACUGUUCCCACAUGUGUGUUUUGGCCCCAGGACCCAAACCUGUGUGCAAGUGUCCUUCUGGUCUUUUACUGGCUGAGGAUGGCCUGACCUGCUCCAGCCUGGUCAAUUCAGCAUUUCUGCUGAUGCUGUCUCCUUCCACUGUCACCCAGAUCUACCUGCAGUCUCGACACACAGUAACAGAGCUGAAGGGCUGGCCUGAACACCUGGCCCUGCAGGUGCCCAGUGUCAAUGAAGCUGCCAUCAUGGACUACAACCUACGUGACCACACCCUAUUCUUGACCGAUGACGGUACAACUUCACUCAGCUCCUUCAAGCUGAAAGACUCAGACUUAGCCUCCCAAGGCCAGCUUCUGAAACUCCUGGGUGACACAAUCACUGCCAUGGCCCUGGACUGGGUAACACUUGACAUCUACUGGAGCAGCAACAAACAGCCCCGCCUGCAGGUCACCUCUAUCAAGGGGGCACACACUGCUGUUCUCAUAAAGGAGGGUAUUGGUAGAGUGGAGUCCAUUGCUCUCUAUCCUCCCAGUGGGAUAGUUUGUUUCACCAACCUGGCUCAGCAGGGUAUAGGUACUGUUGCUACUGUAGAGUGUGCCAGCAUGGACGGUGCUGAGCAGAGGGUGGUGUGGAAGGAUGCUGUCCAGCCCACAUCUCUGGUCUUCUCCAGUAAUGGGGAUACAAUUUCCUGGGCUGACACUGCUUUAGGGACUAUUGGCUCUGUCCAGCUUGAUGGCUCUGGAUACAGAGAGUUGAAGGCUGGUGAUGGCCUGGCCGCUGUGGCUCUGAGUGAUGAUACACUGCUCUGGAUGACUGUCAAUGACAAGACGAGGCUCUGGUACAGAGAUGAGCAGCAGCAGAACAAGUUGUGGUUUGAAGUUGGCACACAAGUGGUCGGCUUGAAGGCGUUCAGCAAGUCGAGUCAGACUGGUUCUAACCAGUGCACAGAAAACAACGGCAAUUGCCAGCACUUAUGCCUUGCCACCUUAAGAGGUCGGACAUGCAAGUGUGGCCAUGAUCAUAUCCUUGUGAAUGCCACCCACUGCAGCCCAGAGCAGGGCUGCCCAGCUGGCAGAAGGCUAUGCCUGGAUCAACUCUCAUGCCAGCCUAUUGAGAAGUUCUGUAAUGGGCAUGUAGACUGCCCUGACCACUCAGACGAGAACUGUGUCAAUCUGAAGCAGUGGCCAGGAGUCAAGGUCCUUGCUCCCACCCAGCCUCGCAGCUUGUCUCCACCUCCUUCCCCUCUCCCUCUGUCUGAAACCACUGAACUGAGCACCACCCUGAAUGUCAGCAGCCAGCUCAUGAACCUAGAUGCACAGCACUGCAGCCAUAGACAUUGCAGUGGCAAUGGACACUGUGUGGAGAUUAAUGGGGACACUGCGUGUGUGUGUUCACCGGGCUACAGUGGUGAUUCCUGUCAGGACCAUCUCCUGAAGACCAUGCAAGGUCCCAUCAUCUAUGGUGUCGCAGGGCUCUGUGCAGGAGUGGUGGUCAUUGCUGUGAUGGCAGUGGUGGUCAAGAGGAAGAAGAGUACUAACAUGAGGAGAGCUAGUCCAGCAGCUGUGAAGGAAACAAGUAUGACAGACCUGGAGAAUAAAGCAGAGUCCACCCCCAGUACACAAACUGCUCCAGUAGACACAGAAAAGCCAGAGGAAGCGGUAUCGUCUGUGGACUGAGACUGAUAUAGGCAAGCAACGGUUUUAAAUAAACGGGUUGCAUUUUC